CAAAGCGUGAGCGAUGAUUGGCUGAGGCUAUUUCCUGUACACUACAGUAGCAGCAGCUGCCUUGCAAACUGGUUGCACCAUUUAGGAAAAACUUACUUUUUCGGUAAUAUAUUGGACACUUUUCCUCAAAAUACAAGAAGAUGGCGCAGUGGUGCCAGCUCCAAAUGCUGGACUGCAAAUACCUGGAACAGGUGGACCAGCUGUAUGAUGACUCCUUCCCGAUGGACAUCAGACAGUACCUGAGCAGGUGGAUCGAGAGCAUCGACUGGGACACGGUGGCGAUUCAGGACUCUCUGGCCACCGUUCGGUUCCACGACCUCCUGGCUCAGCUGGACGACCAACACAGCCGCUUCGCCCUGGAGAACAACUUCCUGCUGCAGCACAACAUCCGCAAGAUCAAGAGGAACCUGCAGGAUCGGUUCCAGGAAGAUCCGGUCCACAUGGCAAUGAUCAUCUCCAGAAACCUGAAGGAGGAGCAGAAGAUCCUGGCCAGUGCGAAGAGCGCCGAGCAGGAGGGUGAGGGGACGGUGUCGGCCAUGGUGGUGGAGAAACAGAAGCUGGACAACAAAGUGAAGGAGAUAAAAGACCGAGUCCAGGUGGCGGAUCAGAACAUUAAGAACCUGGAAGAUCUGCAGGACGAGUACGACUUCAAAGUCAACACACUGAAGAACAGAGAGAAUGAACCGAACGGCAUGACACCAAAGGAGCUGGAGAAGGAGAAGAUGACGGUCGGGAGGAUGUGCUUUGAGCUGAAAGCCAAACGACAGGACGUGGUGAUCCAGCUGACGGACCUCCUGAACGUUACUCAGCUGUUGCUGUCAGACCUGAUCUCUGAGGAGCUGCCGGAGUGGAAGCAGCGGCAGCAGAUCGCCUGUAUCGGCGGUCCGCCCAACGCCUGCGUGGACCAGCUGCAGAACUGGUUCACAGCAGUAGCGGAGAGUCUCCAGCAGGUCCGUCAGCACCUGAAGAAGCUGCAGGAGUUGGAGCAGAAGUUCACGUACGACAGCGACCCCAUCACACAGAAGAAAGCUUACCUGGAGGCCCGAGCUCUGGACCUCCUCAAGAACCUCCUCUCCAACUCUCUGGUUGUAGAGAGGCAGCCGUGCAUGCCCACCCACCCACAGAGACCGCUGGUGCUGAAAACAGGCGUCCAGUUCACAGUGAAACUCCGGUUCCUGGUGAAGCUGCAGGAGUUUAACUACCAGCUCAAAGUCAAGGCCCUGUUUGAUAAAGAUGUGACGGAGAAGAAAGGGUUUCGGAAGUUCAAUAUUUUGGGAACAAACACCAAAGUCAUGAACAUGGAGGAGUCGAACGGCAGCCUGGCAGCAGAGUUCAGACAUCUGCAACUGAAAGAGCAGAAAGUCGCCGGCAACCGAACGAACGAGGGUCCUCUGAUCGUCACAGAGGAGCUUCACUCGCUCAGCUUUGAGUCCGAGCUGCAGCUCAACCAGUCGGGACUCAACAUCAAACUGGAGGCCAUGUCUCUGCCGGUUGUGGUCAUCUCUAACGUCUGUCAGCUGCCCAGCGGCUGGGCCUCCAUCCUCUGGUACAACAUGCUGACCACAGAGCCCAAGAAUCUGAAGUUCUUCCUCACCCCUCCGCUGGCGAAGUGGUCUCAGCUGUCCGAGAUCCUCAGCUGGCAGUUCUCCUCCGCCACCAAGCGAGGCUUGAACCAGGAGCAGCUCAACAUGCUGGCUGACAAGCUGCUUGGAGCUAAAGCCCAGAGGAACCCAGAGGGACAAAUCCCCUGGGUCAAGUUCUGCAAGCAGCAGAGUGCCAACGAGAAAUCUUUUCCGUUCUGGUUGUGGAUCGAAGGAAUCCUGGAUCUGAUUAAAAGACACCUGCUUUCCCUCUGGAACGACGGCUCCAUCUUGGGCUUCAUCAGUAAGGAGAGGGAGAAGCAUCUGCUGAGUGACAAGUGUCCUGGUACCUUCCUGCUCAGGUUCAGCGAGAGCAGCAGGGAGGGAGCGAUCACCUUCACCUGGAUCGAACACGACGUCCACGACAAGGCGCUCUUCCACUCCGUGGAGCCGUACACAAAGAAGGAGCUGUCCGCCGUCUCUCUGCCCGACAUCAUCCGCACCUACAAGGUGAUGGCCGCCGAGAACAUCCCGGAGAACCCGCUCCGCUUCCUCUACCCCAACAUCCUAAAAGAUAAGGCCUUCGGGAAGUACUACCCCAAACCCUCAGAGACUCCAGAGCCCAUGGACGUGGAGAAUGGUCCAGAGAAGAGUGGCUACAUGAAGACGGAGCUCAUAUCCGUCUCAGAAGUACAUCCGUCGAGACUGCACGACAACAUGAUGCCGAUGUCUCCUGACGACUAUAAGGUUUUGUCGCAGUAUGUCAGUCCCAGAGACAUUGAUGCUGUGACCAACAAUCUGAUUUCUGGAUUUGGAGAGUUUGACGUUCAGAUGAGUGCAGAGUUUUCGGACCAAAACUGAGGGAGUUUCUUCACUUCAUCCACGUCCUCAUACUGUACUUUCUUCUUUCCUUCAUAUAAAACGCUCUUAGGGGACUUUGAAACUCUCAGAUAAUGGGAUACAGGUACAGUAACCAAUCCCCUAAAGCCCCAUUUCAGGGUUCCUACGCUGUCUCAAAGUCCUGGGCUGAAUUUCAGUCCCAGUCCACCCCUGCACAGAGCUGCCUCUCUACGCCUGUACGUCACAGGCAAAACAGCUCUGCCCCCCAAAGUGGAAGAUGUUGGACAAGUCAAAUAUUGUCCAACUUUUCGCGUAGCAGUGUGGACUGGACGGCCACAAUGGAGAAAUGCAAGUUGUCCGAGGGGCUGGCUGGACAAUCCCAAAUAUAAAGCCUGGCUGGCUAAGGAUUCCAAGUAGGAAAAGAAAGAUAGAUACAAACUUUGUGUAAAAUCAUGGGGGAGGUGGCAAUUGAAAGCCAUAUGCAAAGGCAAAAGCCCCGUUGUCAUGUCACAGCAUCCUCUGUACCAAGUCACGAAAAUCGACCAAAAUGUCUGGAAAAUGUGUAGGAACCCUGCCAUCUAGAUAUGGUCUGUCCAUCGAGAAUAAACGUCCUUAGAUCUUGAACUUGCUUGUUUUUAAGUUUUCAUCAUCAAAGUAAUCUCCCCUAGAGAAAUAAAUCCAGUCCAAAUGGGGCUUAUAUAGAGCUUAGACAUGAUCUGUCACUUUAAUUGUGUACAUAUAUAUUUCUUUUUAUUAAAUGUGAACUUUAAACUCCAUAGUAAUCCCAGUAAAACAGUGAAAUUGAAGAAUGUGAUUCUGCAUGCCUAUAUCAUUUUUCUAGCAGAAACUGUGAGCUAAAAUCGUGAUUUGCAUUCCUGUAGCACUUAAAUGGAGAUUUUUAUUUAAGAAACUAUCAUUAGCUUUGGGUUUCACAAAUGAUGGGAGCUAAUGCAGUUGAACUGUUCUAUGACCGGAUGUGUGUUAGUAUAAUUGGGGAUUUUGAAUGUCCAUGUAGCUGAGACUGAUAUUUCAUUAUUAAACCCGCCUGGGUGAGUCA